UAUUAUUUUCAUCCUGAGAUUCGCAAACUUUCCAUGGGACCUUUUUAAAAUAGGUUUUAAAUAACGAUUUUAGCCUAUCAUGAGCAGCAUCGCUUGCCACCAUUUUGCAAGUCUAUCGGAUUUUGAACCUGGUUAGUUUCUCAUAGAUUUGUAGUUAACCAACUUGAAAUCUGGAAGGAAAGAAUUGACGUUUUGUAGCAGACAACAAAAUAUUUGAAUAACUUAAUUUUGGACUGGGAGGAAUUUUAAUACUCCAGAUGUACCAAAGUUUAGAAGUCUGCUUAGAAUGAACUUGUAUCAUUGCCAUAAUAUCUGCAAAGGUUCAUCAAUAUUUUCUCCAUGAAAGACUGACUAAACUUUUAUUCUUUGGUCUUGAAAGAGAAAGGUAGAAGAAAGAAGACUGCAGUGUUCUAAUCUUCAUCAAGUGAUGUUUUUUCCUGAUUUUGUGUAACCUAUUAAAAAGUGUGACUUUCAUAUUAGUACCAUGCAGCGUGAAAGAUUAUAUCCUUGUGAUGAAUGUGGGAAAAGUUUCCACCAAAUGAAUCAGUUGAAGCAGCAUUUAAUUAUUCAUAUGCCUGAAGAGCAACGACCAUUUAGUUGUUACGUAUGUGCUAGAAAAUUCAAUAGAUUGCAUCACUUGAAACUUCAUCUCAUGGUUCACUUAGGCCAAAGCCCACAUGUCUGCAACAUAUGUGGACGCACAUGCAACCAAUUAAGUGAUUUGAAGAAGCAUCAGAUGAUACACACAGGUGAAAGACCCCAUUCUUGUCAUAUUUGUGGAAAAGGUUUCAUACAGAUAGGUGGCAUGAGGCGACACAUCCAGAAACACGAAGAAGAAGCAGAGCUGUCUCUUACUUGUAAAGUUUGUGGGAAAACCUUUUCAAAAAUAGGUUACCUGAAAAAGCAUAUGUUGUGCCAUUCUAGUGAUAAACCGUUUUCAUGUGAAGUGUGUGGCAAGUCCUUCACCCAUGAAACUGGACUCAAUCAGCAUCUUCUCAUACACAAUGGUGAAGAACCACAUUCUUGUAACUUUUGUGGCAAAAGCUUCAAACGACUUGGCAAUUUGGAGAAACAUGUGCAGACGCAUUCAGGAUGUCUUCCAUAUAACUGUGAUACUUGUGGCAAACAGUUCUUACAAUUGGGCAGUUAUAAACGACAUGCUCUAAGACAUUCAAAUGCUGUCACUGACAGUUUCAGUGAAUUUUUGCCAGCCACUACUGAUGAGGAUGUAUCAACCAAUGAAAGCAUAGAAUUGGUUUCUAAUAUAGAUAAUGCUUGGCUUGUAAAUGGCGACCAAAUUUUCAUUAAAACGGAUUCUAGUAUAGAAAAUAUGGAUGCCAAAAAGGAAGAAACUUAUAUGAUUGUUAUUGAUGAAUCAAGUUUGAAUGAUAUUACAGCAAGCAAAUUAAUUAAGAUUUAGUGUGUUUGCAAAUGAGAAAACACAUUCUCAUUAAUUUAUUUCACUAAUACACAUUUAUGUUUGAUGCUUUUUGUUAAUAUUUGAGCAAUUUUUAUGUUUUAUAAAAGUAGUCCAUCUCUAAAGUCUCAAUAUUUGUAUCAAUUAUCUAUGUUUAUUGUAGGAAAUGUGUUACAAAAUGGACAAAUGCUUAGGAAUUUACAAAUCUAAAAUUUUUGAAGCUUAAUUAUCUCGUCAAAAACAAAAAAUGCACUAUAUUUAAAAUAUUCACUAUUUAACUAUAUGAGUCAAAAUUGUUUCCUUGCAUUGUAUGUGUACAAAACUGUUAAAUACAAUUGUUCCUUUCA